UACACAUUGACAGAAGCGAUGGCUGUUUUGUGUCGUCUGUCAUGUUUGCACUUUGUUCGGGUUCUUUGCAUGUCUAACUCUUUGCUUUGACACACUCUGUCCUUGAGGUGUUGGCCGUUUUCCAUCUGGGUCACGUUUGGACUUAAUCCUGGUCACUCGUCUGCGUCAUUCAUGGCUUUGACAUAAAUUGAAGACAUGGGACUUUGAUUGUUAGCUGAUGUCGCCAUUUUCUUUGUUUGUUUUACAUGCGGAGAGACUGAGAUGUGCAGUGGACGAUUAAAGAGGACGUUGACAUCCAUAGAGGUGAGUCACACACAUUGACGGAAGCGAUGGCUGUUUUGUGUCGUCUGUGUCAUGUUUGCACUUUGUUCGGGUUCUUUGCAUGUCUAACUCUUUGCUUUGACACACUCUGUCCUUGAGGUGUUGGCUGUUUUCCAUCUCGGUCACGUUUGGACUUAAUGCUGGUCACUUGUCUGUGUCAUUCAUGGCUUUGACAUAAAUUGAAGACAUGGGACUUUGAUCGUUUGCUGAUGUAGCAGUUUUGUUUCUUUCUUUUACAUGCCGAGAGACUGAGAUGUGCAGUGGACGAUUAAAGACACCGUCGUUGCCAUCCAUAGAGGUGAGUCACACACAUUGACGGAAGCGAUGGCUGUUUUGUGUUGUCUGUGUCAUGUUUGCACUUUGUUCGGGUUCUUUGCAUGUGUAACUCUUUGCUUUGACACACUCUGUCCUUGAGGUGUUGGCUGUUUUCCAUCUGGGUCACGUUUGGACUUUAUCCUGGUCACUUGUCUGCGUCAUUCAUGGCUUUGACAUAAAUUGAAGACAUGGGACUUUGAUUGUUUGCUGAUGUCGCCAUAUGUUUUGUUUCUUUUACAUGCCGAGAGACGAGAUGUGCAGUGGACGAUUAAAGACGACGUUGACAUCCAUAGAGGCACCAGUGAGUGGAUUUGUGUGAGUGGGCAGCAGUCAGCCCAGUGUGCUGGAUGUCUGUGACAGAUCCAUGGGCCAGAAGGACCAUGUGGAGGCAGGAGCAGGCCAUAUCCUCGACCUGGGGCUGGAUUUGGAGUAUCUCCACGUAGCGGGGGCUGACCGGCAGGCUGGCGGCGCUGACGGACCCCCUGCUAUGGAGGAGCAGGGGGAGAGCUCUGGCAACAGCAGCACAGCCCACUCCCCUCCACCGGCAGCCUUAGAGGAAAACUCCGGUUCCGACACCGAGUCCAAGUCUGCGCCGUCUCCUGGCUCCGUCCUCGCUUCAGGCGCCGACUCGGAUGGAGGAGAGGGAGGGUCCGCUCACAGCAAGAACACCCACCAGCCGCUCUGUCGGACCCAGUGCGUGGACCUGGGCACCGACGGGCCUCCCGAGCUUCCAUCCGAACUUUCAGCAGAGCUCAAACACGAUGCGCCUGCCCAGUCCCAAUGUGAGCCUCCACCCAACCCCUCCACAGCAGAACCGGCGUCCGAGGUCGGUGGUAAGGAGUACCAGGCUAAGCUGGAGUUUGCUCUGAAGCUCGGCUACUCUGAGGAGACGGUGCGACUGGUGCUGUCCAAGCUCGGCCCCGACACCCUGAUCAAUGACAUACUGGGAGAGCUGGUCAAACUGGGCACCAAGUCAGACAGUGAGCAACAGCCCGGAUCUUUAGCCUCUACCUCGUCCUCCUCAUCUUCCUCAUCGUCAUGCGGUUGUUCAGAUUUGCUGGACGGUCAGCGGUCGGACUCGCCCUGUCCUUCAGACUCUGUGUGCGGCCAGGACAACCUUCGGCCAAUAGUGGUAGAUGGCAGUAACGUCGCCAUGAGCCAUGGCAACAAGGAAAUGUUUUCCUGUCAGGGCAUCCAGCUGGCUGUUGAUUGGUUCCUGGAGCAUGGCCAUCAUGACAUCACAGUUUUUGUUCCUGCGUGGAGGAAGGAGCAGUCCCGCCCCGACGCCCCGAUAACAGAUCAGGAGAUCUUGCGUCGCCUUGAGAAGGAAAAAAUCCUCGUCUUCACUCCUUCACGACGCGUCCAGGGUCGCCGCGUGGUCUGUUAUGACGACCGCUUCAUUGUCAAGCUGGCCUAUGAGUCAGACGGCAUCAUCGUCUCCAAUGACAACUACAGAGACCUGGCUAAUGAGAAGCCAGAGUGGAAGAAAUUCAUAGACGAGCGGCUGCUCAUGUACUCCUUUGUCAAUGACAAGUUCAUGCCGCCAGAUGAUCCUCUUGGUCGUCAUGGUCCCAGUUUAGACAACUUCCUGAGGAAAAGACCUGUCAUGCCUGAGCAGAAGAAACAGCCUUGUCCAUAUGGAAAGAAGUGCACUUACGGCCACAAGUGUAAGUACUACCACCCAGAGAGAGGCGCCCAGCCCCAGCGUGCCGUGGCUGAUGAGCUCCGUGCCAGCGCCAAGACCUGCAUCACCUCAAAGAACCAGGGGGACGCGGGGCUGGUGAAGAGCCACAGUGUGCCGGCCGGCAGCAUCGAGGCGAAAAAAGGCGCCCCCAAAAGGCAGUCGGACCCCAGCAUCCGAGCUCUGUCGUACAGUGAUGCUGAGGAGAAGCUGCUGGCUAAAGGGAGGGCCGAGAGCCAGAAGAGCGGUCUGUGUGGUGGCAGCACUAGUAGCAUUUCCAGCAGCAGCAGCUGCAGUGGGAAUACAACCAUGUCUCCGGCCCCUGGAGGGCCCCCAUCUGGGCUGAGCCUUCCACAGGACCAGCAGUCCAGAGCAGUGCCCCCUCAUGGUGUCCUCCCAGCCCCCAGUCAUGACCUCUACCCUCACUGUGAGUCCCCAGACCUGAGCUACUACUCAGUAACACGUGCCUACUCUGGCCUGAGCCUCUCCUCCAGACGGAGCCCAGACUGUCGCUUCCCCAACGACACCGACCUGCGCUUAGGUUCCAUGGGCUCAGCGGGCUCCGAGUGCGGCAGCGAGAGCAGCGUCAGUUGCGGCAGCAGCUGCGACUCGUACAGCGAGCGGUCGUGUCCUGGAUGCCCCCCGGACACCUUACUGGAGGACAGCGUUCAUUUUGCCAACCCCCACGGCCGGCUGUAUCCUCACCACGCCACGUCCAACCAUGAACUGUGUGGCCUCCAUCCUGCUGAAUAUACCAGCAUCCCACACAGCCACACGUCUAAUCCAGGAGUCCACAGCUACCACCUGAGUGCAGCCCGAGGGCAGAGCUGUGCCCAUGAUCAGCCUCCACCAGAGGCCCCACCGAAGCGCCCCCUCUACCCCCUGCCCCCUCACCUCCAACACCAGCCUCUCACUGCCCGCUCCAGCUGCCCAGGCGACUACCACUCCCUGCCCCAGUCCAACCCUCACCCCCCCGGCUCUCCUCUUGGCCGCUGUCUGGCGCCCACACGGGCAGAGAGCGUGUCUGACUCACACCUGCACGAACACCUGUCUGCGUCGCACCAUCACCACCGGCCUAAAGCGUUGCCCAGCUGGGACUCGUACUACCGGCAGCCGCUUCCUGCCAGGUACGAGCUGGCCACCUAUCAGAGCCUCCCGGACACCUGGCAGUCCUCCUGGCACACUCCCCCCUGGGCACAGGACGGCUACACCCAGCACCACUCCUCCCACCCAGCCCUCCACCCGUCCCCCACACGCUACCUAAGCCACCCGCCGCCCCCGGCACACUCUCCCCACCCGCCUCACCCGUCCAGCACCCCUCUCCCGCCUUACCCUCCUCACAGCUCCCACCUCACAGUGCCCUCCCACCCUCCCCCUCCCUCCUACCUGACGCAGCACCCAGAUUCCCCUGCACACGGUCGCUACGGCGACGUGAGGGAGAAAGUGUACGUCAACCUGUGUAACAUCUUCCCCCCGGAGCUGGUGAGUCGGGUGAUGUCCAGAAGCCCCCACAUCACCGACCCCCAGCAGCUGGCAGCCGCCAUCCUGGCAGAGAAAGCCCAGAAAGGAUACUGAAGAGUCAGAAAACACAAACUUUAAGUGGGUUGGAGAGCUUCUUCCUUUCUUAUGGCAUUAAUGAGACGAUGCAUAAGAUUUAAGGACAUAUAAAUGCUGAAGAUAAUCCCAAUCCAGAUCUGGUCACUGCGCAGCAACCACUAAAUCAACUCAACUUUAGCAGGUGUAGAGAGAGCGAGUCACUGGACGAAAUCUGACUUUGAAUCAAAGUGCAACGUGUGGUGAUUGUUCCAGACCUACUCGGUUCUUCUUUUUAUUUAUGAAGUAGCUUGAUUUGUCUUUCACAUGCAGGACGAGUUAUGCAUUAAAUUCAAAAAGGCACUUUUUUAGUCUCACAGCCAAAUCAUCACAUGGUGAGCUGGUAUCACACAUGACUACUGAAAUUAACAGGGUUUCUGCAGGGCAUUAAAAAGCAUUAAUAGUCAUUAAGUUGAUUUUGCGAAAAUUAAGGCCUUAAAUGGCAUUAAAAAUCGUUACAUCUGACUCCGAGUGGCAUUAAAAAUUCUUUUUGCUGUUUUCAAGAAAAAUAUUUGAUAAUAAUAAUAUAAUUAUAAUUAUAGACUGCGAUUUGUUAUAUAUGUGCAUCUGCGUGAACAUGCUGAAGCAUUGCGAUAAUUGCUCCAUAAACUGCACGUCUGGAAAGUGGAGAACUCUGUAAUGGGGAAAUGCAAAUUCCAGCAAAAAUGGCUAGAAAAUGUGGAUUUCAGAGAAUGACUGCAGCCCGUGGGUGGUCAGGGAUGGUUUCCGGAUUCAGAAAUAGUGAAAUGAGGGGACAGUUUUCAUAGAAAAAUCAUCUUUUACAAAAAAACAAACCUGUGUAAUUUGUUGAGUUCACGGUCACAGCAUUAAAGUUUUUACAGUCUAGCAUUAAAAUGGCAUUAAAAAGCGUUAAAUUUGACUUGCUGAUUUCUGCAGAAACCCUGAUUAAGGAUUAUUUAACAACUACCACUACUUUUAUGAUCAGAUUACACACCAGGACACUUAUCCUCAGACCUGAGUCAAACAGGGUUCAAAAGCAAUCCUCGUCUGAUUUUUAUUUUGUGACAAAUCUUCAUUUUAAUUACCACACGACAGUUUCAUACUACUUUUGAUCGAGGUCUGUUUCCUCUAUGAAUCUCUUAGUGUGUGUUUUGUGGCCGUUUGUGGUUUUUUUCCCAUGCUGGUAAAAAUAGGUGUUGGACAGACGGUCGUCUUAUUUGAGAUGGCGUCGGUUUUUUGGUCAGAGUUGUAGCUGUAGAGAUGGGUGACCCUGUCGUGUGUACCUUAGUUUUAGUAAGGGACAUCUCUCUCUCUCUCUCUUUCUCUCUGGCCCUUUAUUUUGGGUCAACUCUGGUAUCUGCUACAGACAGGAAACAUCUCGCCAUCCAAACGUGUACGUAUUGUAAAUAUAUUUAACAGAUUCCUCCGCUGUGCUUUUGGCCGACAGCGUCUACUGUCUGAUGUCUGUAGCAGAUCCCAGCUGAAUCCAUGCUAGACAGAGAAAAACCUUGUUUGAUACAAAUUGUAUCAUUAACUAAGUCGCUGAUGUUAUAUCCAGUACAUGGACUUGUUGAUCCGUAUCUAUCGAACACUCUUGAUGUAUUGCUAUAUGAUGAAGUGCAUUGACCACAGUUCCGUUCCGAUCCAGAUGUUCCAACUUUUCAUCUUGUGGAAAUAGCUUUGAGACAAUUAUUUCAACGAUGUUAUCAACGGAAGGAGCCGUGUGCCUACUAUGUUUAGGUGCCGCAACUCCUUUACCUGCGCUUCUGGGUUUGAAGCUGGCUUAGUUUUUUGACAGGAGCGCCGAUCAAAUCGUGCCAGAAAUGUGCUUUGGUUUCCUGGCUAACUGCCCAUUUGAAAACAGUGGUGAGUUUGGGGUCGGUUCAUCGUAAGUUUCUUUUUUAGCCUCUUUGUUACAUCAGAAAGAUGAAGAUAUUCCUAACAGAAAUAUUGUAAAACCAUACUGGAAAUAAUAGAGAAGUGAUGUUUUGUCAUUGAAGUUUCUAUUAUUUCACAAUUUGAGUGGACAGACCCCAACAAAGCUUUAUAUUUGGGUCAGUAUGAAACCCUAUGGUGGCCAUUUUGAAAGUCACUGUAGUGAAGCUCUACCUGGAGUAUUAAAAAACAGAUAAAAGAUGCAUUCUUAACUGCUCAAAACCUCUUAACAGCCAUUUUUAGAAACUAAAAAAUCAUUUAAAAUGAAGUCUCGUGCAUGGAUUUUGGCAUCCCAGUGUUUCUGAGUUGAUUAGUUUGGGCAAAUUCUGUUUAAACAGGUGAAUGUCAAGCUAAACUAUUAGCUGAAACGUUUCUUUAACCCUUUGAUGCGCAACAUGGUUCAAAAGUGACCUAAAUCCAAUGGAAAAUGGGUAUCUCCUGACCCACACUGCAUGUCAAAGGGUUGACAGGUGAAAUAUUGAUACUCCUUUAGCCUCAGGAUGUCAGCAUCACAAUACAGAAAUAGAUUUACUUAUAACUGCCGAGGCUAGCUGAGCACUUAUGAAGCGAAUGCUGACAUUUCCUUGUAGUAUUACACACCAGACUUGUUCAUAAAUUCCGCUUCUAUCAGUAGGAUGGAACAUUAAAAUGUUAAUCAACUUUACAGCUUCAAUAUUUAGAUUUAACCACCAAUGAAUGAGUAAUUAUCGUGAGUAAUUACCCCUUCUGAAUAGGGGUGGACUUUUAGGGGACUUUUUCAGGAGAUCAAUAGCUGAUAUUCUUACCUAAUAUACAUUUGCAGUAACAAUGAACAUUUUGAAUAUAAUAAGCUGAAGUGCGUCUGUUAGGCUACAUUUUACACAUGUUUAGUUAACCCUCCUGUUCUCUUCAUUUACGGUCACCAAAAAAUAUUUCCUUGUCUGAAAAAAACCCAUAAAUUCUGCAAAAAAAUUCUCUAAAUUUCUGAAAAUUUGCAAAACCUUCAGGAAGAAAAUUCCAAUAGUUCCUUAAAAGUUUCCCUUAAAAGUUUUAUUUAAAAAAAAUCCCCCAAAUUUGGCAAGAAAAUUCUAUUAAUAUUUUCAAAAAAUGAGUAAAAAUCUUCCAAAAAAAAUCCUAAAAAUAUCUAAAGUGAUUCCAUAUAUAUCAGUAAAACUUCUAAUAUUUUCUUAUUGAACAUUCACAUAAAAAUCAACCAAAAUCCAAUGAAAUUUGCUGGAUUUUGGUAGAUUUUUUUGUGAAUGUUCUUAAGAAACAUUUUUAACAUUUCUUUUUUUCAACCAAAAAAUGUUCAAAGAUUUCCCAAAAAUGUUGAAAAUGUGAACAUCAGAAGUUUAACUGUGAUCCCCCCCCACACACACACACACACACACACACACACACACACACACUUUCAAACUUUAAACCGGGUCAAUUUUGACCCGCAGGACGACACGAGGUUUAAAAAAGCCUUCUUAACGUUUGCCAUCGUGUAACCAUUAAGACUGAGGCAGCUGCAUCAGAGACAAAGUUUCUUUUAAGUUGCUUUUUUAAAAACAGGAAUCUAUUUUAAAAAACACAAAUAAUCCGUCAACUUUCAGGUAGAGCCCUGAAGUGUAAAGUUCAAAAUGGCAACCAAGGAAAUAAAAAGUGAGCUCAACAUACAACUCAUCACCAGCCAGCUACGUAUAGCCCAACGGUUUCUUUCCUGUCCAACGUGUAGCAUUGUACAAGUACGGAUAGUUGUACAAUGACACGUGCUACUGAUGAGAGAGAAUCUUUGUGUAUUGAAGAAGCGCCUUCUCUCUGGCCUCCUGGCACUGUGUGUCAGCGUGGCAGCUGAGCGUGGGCCCAAAGUAAUGCCUCUUCCUGGCAUUGUGCUUAUGACACAUCCAAUACUCUGAACUAUGUUCAGCUAACUGUUAUGCAUGUUUGGUUUUUUUUUUUAUUUGUUUUUGUUUCUGCAUGUGUUCUCGUGUUGACUUUGUGUUACAUAUUCUGUCCUGGAAGCUUCUCUUGCUGUUACUGUCACAUGAUGCUAGUAGUCGAGACAAGACUAACUGUACACAAUACUGGCUUGUUUUUCUGCUUGUAAAUUUUUCUCAGUAUUGAUUCCAGUGCAGCGCUCUUCUUUGAUCUUAUAAACCUGAGUGGGAAUGCUACAACGCUUGGUAUUUACUUCACGGGAUCAAGAAACCCGUUAAGGAAAGUAUCUCCCUUUAGAAGUGCGCUCAGCCGUAGAAAGCGAUGAGCUGAAUUAUGGGCUGUACAUAUAAUAACGCUGUAAUGGCUGCUCUGCUCUAAUGGAAUGAAAAUGUACUAUUUCACAUGAUCUUUACAUUUUGCCGGUAGAAUAACAGUGUAACUAAUUAAAUACUGUAACAUUUUCAACUGUAACUGUGAUUGUUCAUUAAAAUGAGUACUGCUAUAAA